AUGCAAGUAGAUCCCAUUGACUUCAAUGGAACUAGUGGUGUGAAUAAAGUUACUCGUACAUGUGUUUUUGAUCUCAGACUGGUGAAUGGCCAGAACAGAUGUGAGGGCCGUGUUGAAAUUUAUGCCAAUGGAACCUGGGGGACAGUCUGUGAUGAUUUCUGGGACAUAAAUGAUGCUCAAGUUGUAUGCAGGCAGCUUGGCUGUGGAUCGGCCAUUUCCGCACCAGGAAGUGCCCGAUUUGGUCAAGGCAGAGGAAAUAUUUUCCUGGAUGAUGUGCAGUGCAGAGGAAAUGAAUACUUUGUCUGGCAAUGUCAACACAGAGGGUGGGGCAUACAUAACUGUGGCCACAGUGAAGAUGCCAGUGUCAUUUGUUCAGCUGAAGCAUUCAGUACAACUGGGCCCUCUACAAAAUAUACUUGUGGUGGUGUCCUUCAGUAUUCAUCUGGGACAUUUCAAAGCCCAUUCUAUCCUGAAAAUUAUCCAAACAACGCAGACUGUGUGUGGGAAAUAGAAGCAGUGAGCAAUUACCGCGUAACACUUUCAUUUAGAGAUAUAGUGACAGAAGGUAGUAGAUGCCAGUAUGAUUAUAUUGAGAUAUAUGAUGGGCCACUCCAUACCUCUCCUUUACUGGGGAAAAUUUGUUCUGGUUCCUAUAUCACAUAUACAUCGUCCUCAAACUUGAUGACAGUUCGAUUUCACAGUGACUCAAGUGUCACAAAGAAAGGGUUCCGUGCUGACUACUACUCCAUUCCAGCAGAUCAGAAUACUACUCUUCUGUGCUUGCCAGAAUACAUGCAUGCAGUUGUUAGCAGAGCCUAUCUCCACUCACAAGGCUACGAUGCAGGGGAUGUCAGCUUGAAUGACCCUUAUUGUAAACCAAUUGUUACACCAAACUACGUUAUAUUCAACAUACCAUACAAUGGCUGUGGCACAAGACGAGAGGGAAACAACAACACUAUCAUCUAUUCCAACUUGAUCAAAGCAAUCUCUUCUGGUUACAUAAUCAAAAGGCAAAAAGAUCUUCAUUUGCAUAUCAACUGCAAAAUGCUCCAAAAUAGAUGGAUAGAAAUAAUGUAUGUUGCUGAGGAUGUUACUGAGGUCAAUGAAACUCAGUAUGGCAGAUACGACGUGAACAUUUCAUUUUAUGAAUCACCAUCCUUCUCAUGGCCAGUGUAUGAUUCUCCAUACUACGUUGACUUGAACCAGAAUUUAUUCCUUCAAGCUUCAAUUCACAGCUCUGACCCAAAUCUGGUGUUGUUUUUGGACACGUGUGUUGCAUCACCUGAUCCCAAUGAUUUUACAACAGUAACCUAUGACAUUAUGAAGAGUGGAUGUGUUAGAGACCCUACCUACAGGACAUACUAUUCAUCCUACAGCUCCACAAUACGGUUCAAAUUUAAUGCCUUCAAGUUUAUUAACCAAUAUUCAUCAGUUUACCUGCAGUUUAAAAUGGUGGUGUGCAGGGUAUAUGAUUAUUCUUCCCGAUGCUACCAGGGCUGCAUAACCAGGUCCAAGAGAGAUACCAGCUCUUACCAAGAAGAGGUGGAUGUUGUUGUUGGGCCUAUUCAGCUUCGGAAAGAUGGCACUAAGAACAGGAAUUCUGGUAAAUUUAAAUACACUAAACAAAAGAGAAGAUUUGUAAAGGUUAUUGGGUACUUUAGGAUGCAGAUUGGUGCCUACUUGGAUUUACAAAAGCACCGAACUUCCAAAAGUGCCUAA